AUGGUCACCCGCUGCUGCAUUAUGAUUUACAUAUGUUGCAGCCUUGGCCUGCCGUGGAUACUGGAGCAGCCCGGAUCAUCCCUUCUGCAAUAUCACCCUGACUUCCAGAGGAUCUGCGCAAAGUUUACUGUCUACCGGGUCUUCGUUUGGCUUGGCUCAUAUGGCGGAAGCAGCCCGAAGGGCACACUUCUCUACAGCAGCUGCAAAUGGAUCCAAGAGCUUUACUUGCCGCUCCCUUCAGACCGAGAAUGGGAUGGAGACAUCAGCAUCAAGUAUAUUGAUUCUUCAGGGCACCAUCGAGUACAAGGAGGACCCGGCUUGAAAGCAAGCCAGUACUACCCAAAAUUGUUUGGGCACGCGGUCGCUCAACUAUGGGAGCGCUAUCAAUCCGAUGUGAAGCGCUGUGUGCAAGACACUGCGAGACUCAUCAGCAUAUAUGUACAUGCGUCGUGA